CUUCCGCCAGUGCGCUUCCUCGGUUUCUGCUCGAUCAUGUCAGCCGAGUAACCUUCGUGGAGCUCUCCCUCGGUCUGCCAUGGGGCGCGUCGCGUUCGUCCCAGCGUGCGGGGCUGCUGCGCUCCGGCUCCGCUGGCUGCCUUCCCUCCUCUUGCUUCUCCUCCCGGGCCAGAAGGGAGACCUCCCCACCGUCGUAGCGGCCCAGGGCGCCUUCAAUUACCAGGAUCUGUGCCGCUAUACGUGGGAAGCUGUUGAUCCUGAUAAAGUGCAUUAUAGAAUAAAUCUCUGUGGCGGUGCAGGAGAUUGUGGGAGAUCCAGUGCCAUUUGUGCCCAUGACCUAAAAAAACAAUUGUCUUUUUCAGUAGGGGACUCCUCACAGAUAAGAAAUUCUAAAUUACUCUUGGAAUUCAACACUACACAGAUUUGUUCCAAGGGAGGUCCACACACAUGGCAAAGUAACAUCAAUUUCUAUUGUGGGAAGACUCUGGGUUCCCCAGAAUUUGUGACUUCAUCUGAGUGUGUUCAUUACUUUGAAUGGAGAACAUUCCUUGCAUGCAAGAAGGACUUAUUUACAUCAACUGAAGAGGUGCCUUGCUACAUAUUUGAUGAAAGCUUGAAGAAACAUGAUUUAAAUCCAUUGAUUAAGACUUCUGGUGGAUAUUUGAUAGAAGACUCAGAUGAUGAUUCAGAGUUAUACAUCAACAUCUGUAGAAACAUAGGAAGGUCAUCAGGUGAAACUAGCAGUUGUCCAGAACACAGUGCAGCUUGCCUGCUGAAGGAUGGCCAUGCCUUCGAUCUGGGCCAUACUAAAGAAUUACUGAAACAGCUUGAUAAAGACAGGUUUCAACUAAGAUAUGAAAAACAAAAUAGCGAUGAAAAAGAGAGACCAGACUUUUGUGGUAACCAUGAUCCAGCAGUUACAAUUACUUUUGUGUGUCCAGAAGGAAGGCGAAGAGAGGAUACAAAUCCUACACUCACUGCUCAAAGCAAUUGCCGCUAUGAAAUUGAAUGGGUUACUGAGUCUGCUUGCCCCAGGGACUACCUGGAGAGUCAUAAUUGUACUCUGAGCAGUGAACAACAUGGCAUUUAUGUGGAUCUGACACCACUUACGCAAUCCCCAGGUGACGUGUCACCAUAUCUUGCAAAAGAUAAAGAAUAUGACUAUUAUCUGAAUGUAUGUGGGAAGGUAACUGGCAGUGCUUGUACGGAUAAGGAUGUGUCUUCAUGCCAGGUCAAAUCUCAAAAAAGUCAGCAGAAAGUGGCAGGAAGGUUUACCAAUCAAACUCUCAGAUAUGCUGAUGGAGACCUUAUUCUGAUGUACCCAGGAGGAGAUGUUUGUAGCUCGGGUUUCCAGAGAAUGACAGUCAUCAACUUUGAAUGCAAUCAAACUGCAGAUAAUAAUGGCAAAGGACAUCCAGAAUUUAAUGGUGAGACAGACUGUUCAUAUUUCUUCACCUGGCAAACAAAAUAUGCUUGUGUUGGAGAAGAAGAAGGUUUGCCUUGCAUGGUUGCAGAUAAGAAGAAAAAGUAUGACUUGACACGACUGAUUCGUCAUUCUGAAUCAGAGGAGAAUUGGGAAGCUGUAGAUAUCAACCCCGUAGAAGCAAAAAAGAAACGAUUCUUUAUAAAUGUCUGUCACAAGGUACUUCAGAAAGGAGAAGCGACAUUUUGUGCAAAAGAUGCGUCAGUUUGCUCUGUUGAUAAAAACAAUAGUACAAGAAAUCUUGGGACUUUCAUGUCUCCUCCCAAAAAGGUUGGAGAGAAUAUUGAGCUUCGCUAUUCAGAUGGAGACGAAUGUGCACCCAAUAAAAAAAUUGAAACAAAUAUAAUCCUUAUAUGUAAGCCAGGUGAUCUGGAAAGUGCUCCUGUUCUGAUUAACUAUGGAUACGAUGGGUGCUUGUUUGAAUUUGAAUGGCAUACUGCUGCUGCCUGUGUCCUGUCUAGAACAAAAGGAGACCACUGCAAAGUUUCAGAUCCUCAAGCUGGAGUUUCCUUCGACUUAUCACCACUAAUGAAUGAGUCUUUCUCAAUAACCACUAGUGAUUAUACCUUCUACAUUAGUAUUUGUGGCUCUUUGUCAAAUAAGUAUUGUAGAUCAGAGUCUGCAGCCUGUCAAGUAAAGAAAAAUGGCCAAGAUUUUUGGAAUCUUGGGAUGCCCAGCUCUCAGCUCUCCUAUUACAAUGGAAUUAUCCAGCUAAACUAUCAGAAUGGCACACCCUACAACAAUGCACAGCAAACAAAACGGUCUACCCAUAUAACGUUCCUGUGUGAUCGUGAUGCAGACAAAAGUGUACUUGAAUAUCAGGAGGAAGACAAGUUCACAUACAACUUCAAGUUGUAUACUCAGUAUGCUUGUCCAGAAAUACCCACAGAAUGUGUUGUGAUAGAUCCUCAAACCAUGGAGCAAUACGAUUUGUCAAGUUUAUCACUAUUUGGUAAUGUAAAAGAAAAUUGGUUUGCAAUGGACAACUCUGGAGAGAACAUUCACAAAAAAUACUACAUAAAUAUCUGCCGACCUUUGAACCCCAUCCCAGGAUGUGACAGGAAAGCAUCCAUCUGUGAAAUGACAUUCAAGAGGGGCGAGAGUGCUGGCUCUUCUAACAUUUCCAAUAGUAACCUUGGGAUUGCCCGGCGAAGUCCCAUUUUUGAAGGACAUGGUAGAAUCCUUCUAAAUUAUACUGGUGGGUCUCUGUGCAGAAGGGCUGAUGAUGACAAGUUGGAGCCUUUCUCAAGCCUCAUCCAUCUUAUUUGUACCAAGGGCCUUCUUAACAGCAGCCCAAGAUUUGUAGAGAUAAGAGACUGUGUUGCAACUUUUCUGUGGCAAACUGAAGCUGCCUGUCCAGUUACCACAACACAAGGCGAGUCUCAGAGCUGUUCUGUAAAAGACCCAAACACUGGAUUUCUAUAUAACCUGGAACCAUUAGCUUCAGAAAAAGCAUACCUAGUCCAAGGAAUUAAAAAAAGCUACAUGGUAAGUAUCUGCAGACCAGCCAAGGAAUGUGGGCCUAUUGAUGGUGCUCAGGUUGAUGAUUCAAUUGGUGGAUGUGAAACACAAGACCUGGAACACAUUCGCUUGGUGAAACUGAACAAAACUCUUCAGUUGUCUACAGAAGGAUAUCUGUCACUUACUUAUACAGGCCCCAAUGACAGUUUCAUCAUUACUUUUACUUGUAAUCAGUCCUAUCCUGGAAACAUCAAAUUUGUACAUGAAGAAAUGAAUUCUGCACGAAAUAUUCAUAAUACUUACUUUGAGUUCUACACAGCCUUAGCUUGCCCACCUGCUCCAGUUGAUUGCCAAGUCACUGAUUCUGAUGGCAAUGAAUAUGAUCUGAGUGACUUGAGCAGAGAUCAUGAUCCUUGGGUUGCCCUGGAUACAACAGCAGAUGCGAAAAAAAGAACUUUCUAUCUCAAUGUUUGCAGGCCACUUCCUUAUAUACCAGGCUGUCCAGCUGGUGUAGUAGGAGCUUGCGUGAAAUAUGCUGAUAAAAGCCAGAAUAUUGGUGUAAUUCAGAUAAGUCCUCAGGCUGCCACUGAUGGAUCCCUUACUAUUGUGUAUUUGAAUGGAGACAAAUGCAAAGAUAAACAACAGUACUCAACACGGAUAAUUUUCCAGUGUGAUCAAGCUAUGGGAUCACCAGUGUUUCAAUAUGAAAAGGACUGUGAGUUUGUGUUUCUCUGGAGAACACUAGCAGCUUGCCCUGUGCGCAGAGCAGAAGGUGAGAACUGUCAGGUGAAAGAUCCAAGGUAUAGUUAUGUAUAUAACCUGUCAUCACUUCGUGGGAAGGAUAUUAAAGUAAGCACUGAAGAAUAUGACUAUUACUUUAGAAUUUGUGAUGGAUUAACAGCAGGGGUAUGCAAACAAUCAAGCAAAAGUGAAGAUGUUGUGUCAUCAUGUCAAAUUAAAAAACAAGAGCCAAAUGCUAAAAAAAUAGCAGGUUUGCACACUGCAAAACUGACAUAUGAAAAUGGAUUACUUAAGAUAAACUACACUGAUGGGGACAUAUGUCACAAGAUAUAUAGGCGAUCAACAGCCAUAUUUUUCUACUGUGAUCCUAAUCCAAAUUUGCAGCCAGUAUUUCUGAAGGAAACCGAGGAUUGCACCUAUAUGUUUGAAUGGCACACUCCUUUUGCCUGCCCACCUUCCAAAUCUAUCGAAUGCUCCUAUAAAGACAGUGCUGGCAAUUCCUAUGAUUUCUCUUCUCUGAUCCGACAAAAGAAAAACUGGGAGGCUAUUUCAAAGACUAGCUCUUCACAGAAAUACUACAUCAAUGUCUGCAGAUCAUUAGUACCCCAUCAGGGAGCUGAUUUUUGCCCACCAGAUGCUGCAGCCUGCCUAAUGAAUGGGUCUAACUAUAUAAGCUUAGGUGAAGUGGCUGAGGGGCUCAGAUGGGAAAAUGGCAUUUUUGUUCUUAAAUAUAUCAAUGGUGAGAGAUGUGAAGACCAGAUCCGGAAGAAGUCUACAAUCAUCCAUUUCAAAUGUGAUGAAAAGAAAGAUGAUUCCAAGCCAGAACUGGUAACCGUCCAUAUGGAUUGUGAAUAUAAUUUUAUGUGGUAUACAGCUGCCGCAUGUCCUCUGAAAAGCAAUAUGCACAAUAAUUGCACCGUGUCCAACCCUCGUACAGGUCAUCUCUUUGACCUUAAUCCUUUAAAGAGACAGGAUGGCUACACUCUCUUUGAUUUGGCGAACCAGAGAACACUCCAGUUGAGUGUGUGUGAUGAACCUAGAAGUUCAUGCAGUGGAGACAUAGGAGUUUGUGUCAGUGGUGGCCAUCAGCCAUCAAUUAAUGCUGGACGACUGAGCAAAGCAUUAACCUAUGAAGAUGGAGUUUUGAAACUUGUAUACAAAGAAGGCGAGUCCUGUCCUGCAGAUCCUGAUUUGAAGUACAUAAGUUAUUUCAGCUUUGUGUGCAGGUUGGAUGCUGGGCCUGGCAGCCAGCCAGUUCUCCUCUCCUUUGAUAAGAGAACAUGCACUUAUUUUUUCUCUUGGCAUACUGUUUUAGCCUGUGAAGAAGAAAGAGUGGUAGAAUGCUCAGUUACCAAUGGCAGCAGAAUAAUUGACCUUUCCCCUUUAAUCCAUUGGACAAGUGCUUAUGACAUAUUUGAUGAGUUUUCUGACCAGAAUCCAGAUUUCUAUAUAAAUAUUUGCCAACCAUUAAAUUCCAUCAAGGAUGUCAAGUGUCCACCUGGAGUAGCUGUUUGCAUGGUCCCACUUAAUGACUCUCCUGUAGAUAUUGGUCGAAUCACAGGACCUCCUAAGUUGAACAGUGCAACAAAUGAAGUUAAUAUUGCCUUCAACAGUACCACUCCUUGUCCAGAAGAUAAAAAUCUCAACUAUUCUUCACUUAUUGUGUUUCACUGCAACAGAGGAACAAAUCUGGGGAAGCCCAAAAUGAUAGACAAGUCUACGUGUGAAUACAUAUUUGAAUGGAGCACCCCAGUGGUAUGCCCUGAUGAAGAGAAUGUUUUGGGCUGCACUGUAAUUGAUGAACAGUUACACUAUGCUUUCAACCUAUCCAGCCUUUCGGGGAAGCCUUAUAAGGUUUCUUCUGGACGCCAGAACUACCAUCUUGGGGUGUGUUCAGAAGCGGCAGAUGUGCCUCAAGGAAAAUGCAAAGAUGCUGCAGUAUGUCUUAUCUCUGGCAAUAGUGCUGUCUCAUUUGGCAACAAAAAAGUAAUAAAAUUGGACUACAGGCAUCAAGAUGAAGCUGUUUUCUUGCAGUAUAAAGGUGGUGAUAAAUGUCCUCCAGUGACUGAAAUGGGCGAGCUUUGUGUCUUCCCUUUCCAGUACAAUGGUAAAAAUUAUGACAAGUGCAUUGCAGAGGGACAAGAGCGUCCGUGGUGUGCCACAACUGAUAACUUUGUAAGAGACCAAAAGUGGGGAUUCUGUGUAAAUGAAGCUGGACAACGUGAAUCUACUAUUAUUUUCAAGUGUGAUGAAAAUGCUAAUAAUGGAAGUCCUCAGCUCUUGAGCGAGACCUUUGGCUGUGCUGUCACAUUUGAAUGGAGGACACAACUUCUUUGUCCUCCAAGGAAAAUGGAAUGCAAGUUUAUUCAGAAGCACAAGACCUAUGAUUUGAGAAUACUUUCCUCACUCACAGGUUCAUGGGUUUUUGCAGACAAGGACAGCUCUUACUACAUGAACCUUUGUCAGAGAGUCCAUGAAGGACCCACAGGCUGUCCUGACAGGGCAAGUGUUUGCCGAAAAAAUCAGAAUGGUGCUGUCCAGGUUCUGGGAUUAGUUCACACGCAGAAACUUAAUGUUACAGGCGACAAAGUUCUUGUCAGCUACUCCAAUGGUCAUGAAUGUCCACAGAGGAACAAAAAGGCAACAACAGUCAUAGAGUUGAAAUGUGGAAAAACUGUUGGAUUGCCAAGAUUCAAUAGGAUUGAUGAAGAAAAUUGUGCCUAUUACAUUACCUGGGAAACUCGGGCUGCUUGUGCUGUGAAACCUCAAGAAGUUAAGAUAGAGAAUGGCACAGUUAUAAAUCCAGAGACAGGGAAGAAUUUCAGUUUGGGUAAUAUUUAUUACAAAUUAUACAGCGCCUCAGGAGAUAUCAGAACAAAUGGUGACACAUACAUUUAUGAGAUUCAGCUUUCUGCUAUCACUGAUUCAAAGCAUACAGAAUGCAUGGGAGCGAACAUAUGUCAAGUUAAAAUGUCAGAUACACGUUUUCGUAGAAUUGGAUCAUCAAAAAAUGCUCACUACUAUAUUCAAGGUCAGUAUCAACUUGCUUGUAAUGAUAACAACCAGGAUUAUGUGCAAAAUAGAAAUCCAAAACAAACAGAUUGCCUUGGAAGUUCUACUGAACUAUUUCAAAUGGGGAAGAGUUCACUAAAAACAAAAUCUAGAAUGUUUUGUGUGUUCUUGGUUUCUACUGAAACAAAAUCCAGAGUGAUUUUACUGGAUGAGUAGGGUAAGUCUGCUGUGUUGUGUCUCUCCACCACCACUCCGCCCCCACUUCUGCUAAUGUACCAGUACAGUACAUUACAGUACAUCCUCAAUCUUCCCAGUGUCUUUCCUUCUUAUCCUUGUUUGCCUCCCUUCAAUUAUAGCAAAAAAGACUAAACUCAGUUAUCCAAACA